AUGUUUACAGUAAACGGCGUCACUAUGCCUUCAGCCACUGGCGGGAUGAGUUCUGAAUACGCACUAUCAUCAGUCGGCUCGAAUGCCAGUCAUCUGGCAAGCAAGGAAUAUGGUAUCAAUGCAGCCAAGCUCACGUUCUCGCCACACCAAAGUCCACCAUCGAAAGCGAAAUCUCCCAAUUCUCGUAAAUCGCCCGUGCCACCGCUGCGUCAAAAUCGUGCACUACUGGCAUCAACAAAAUCGGAAACAAAAACGGCCCUGACCGGUACUUCACGUGCGUUGCAUAGCAUGCCAUCGUACAUGUCACCAACGCUUUCAUCGCUCCAGAAAAUAAGGCCACGUUCAAAGUCAGUAUCUACUGCAUCCGCAAAAACUCCGCGCAGCGGAUACAGUUCCAAGCCAGUUUAUUGGCAGAACACUAAAUCCGGCCCAGUCAGCCGUAUUUCGCGUCGACAACGCUUCCCGACUUCCCGGCCGACUUCGCAAGGAUCAACUCUGAAGUGGUAUUCUCGAGCUGCCCAAGCAUCCAUUGGAAGUCCCGUGACCGAUGAAGCGUUUGAGAGCGAACCGGAAUCGUCAAGAGCAUCAGCUCGAGCACGUCGCAAAGUCAUCGUAUGGCAGCAAACGACGGCAGAGCCACUGCCGAGAAGCUCACGUUUUGAACGUUUUCCGACGACCAGUGGAACUCCAAGAAGCCGUGGUGUGAAUCGCACCAACAGCUCAUUGUCGCUGACACCAAGCGGAACUUUCUGGAAAAGCACAACACAAAGAACGCCAGAAAGAACUUCACGCUGGGAUCGCUUCACUGAGCGCCAGAGGACGGCGUCGGAACCAGGCCGAUCACGCUUCUCACGCUUUCGCAGUCCUGCGCCGCAUCUGUCCACAGCUCGAACAACAAGUAGUCAGCUGCGUACAGCUCGGCCCUGUAAGCAACUAUCUCCAAUGCUACCGCGAAAAGUCCGAAACGCACAGAAUCCCUACACGAAGCUUUUGCUCGGUCCAUCUUCCGAGUACCAAAUCGAGGAUGCCCAUGCUACAUCAGGAGCUGGUUCCUCAGAUGGAGCCAAGGAGAAUCUUUUUUGGCAACAAACCUCGUCACAACCGCCACCCCGAACAUCACGUACGGUGCGU